AUGUCCUACACCUCUUCCUUCCUCUUCACCAAAACGACCCCUCCUCCACCCGUGCGCCCUCAGCGUCGCUCCCCCUUCGCAACCAAAUCCUCGCUCCAUCUUCACCUCUGCCUCGUUUCCGGCGAGAAGUAUGAACACGAAAGCAGCUCCAAGCAGCCCGAUCUGCGCCGGUGCCUCGGCCACGCCCGCGUCCAUGAGAAGUCCAUGGAGCUCGUCAAGCGGGACAUCCAAGUCCACAUCCGCUCCAUGGGUAGCGACAGCGACGAUGACCUCGACAACGACCUGCCCAUCCCACCCCGGCGCUCCCGCCGGGGUUCCAAGCCCUCCUCCGCGGCUCCUGCCCCGAUGAAGUCGGCCGCUGUCAAGUCGACCGCCGUGAAGACCCCGUCUAUCAAAUGGGCUCCGGAGCCCACCGAGAAGAAGAGCCUCCUCGACAAGGGUCGCCGGUGCAUGGAGAAGAUUUUCUCCCGCCGGAGUGGCAGUGUGCACUGGUCUCAAUCUGGAGUGCCUGUUGUCGCCUGUUGA